UUUGCCAUUCACCCCGGUCGCAGAGGAAUUUGAUUAUCACUACAGUGGGCACAGCAUAGAAGGUACAUCACAAGAUCAUUAUGGCGGCCUAUUACUAUUUCGACAUUAAACUCAAACUAAGAGAUCCGGACACAGUGGUUUUGACUCCCUCCCUAUUUCGUAAUUGCGUUCUCGAUGCCUUGGAUAGUUUCUUCUGUGAGGAAAAGCCCACAAUGGAGAUUGUUAAGUUUUGCGCACUGCAGCAACGCGUUAUUUUUCGAGUACCAGAGGAGCUGUACGAAAUGACACGCAUAUCCCUUGAACUAAUAGGUCACUAUCAGGAAACGCCAUGUCAUUUUCAGAUCCUACAAACCUCCAAAUCAACACUAGACUUUGAAAAAGACAUUGAAAAGAAUUUCGUAGGACUGCCCAAUAGCGAGGACUAG